UGGGAAAUCUCGCACUUUCUGCCAAAAAACUCUUAAACCCUAACUACCUUAUUUAAACACACCCCUCAGCUCUAAACAAUCACAUUCAUUCUCCCUCUUCCUCACAACAAUCUUCUCUGCCUUCUCCCAUCGACAAAACCAAAAAACUGCUUCUCCCUUCCUCUGUCUCGAUCAUAUUUUCUCUGUGGAAUAGUUUUGUGAAUGGUGGAAACGAAUCCGAUCGGUGAUAAGUUUACUUUCUCCCUUCCCAUCCAAAGAGCGAGACUCCUCCUCUCUGCUUUCUCUUUCGGUUCCUGCAAAGAAGGCUGGUACUUCCGCUGCCUCGGCCUCGACCCGUGAAUCUCCAUCAACAACUUCACGUAGAUUUAGGGUUUUGCUUUGCUCUGUUUUUCUUUAAAACUUUCGAAGAUGUUGCUCUACAACAAGCAGAAGAAGAACGCUAAAGGAAACAGAAUCCUUGUCAGCAUUACGGUUCUCGGUAGCGCCGGUCCGAUCCGGUUCCUUGCGUACCAAGAAGAUUUAGUCGCUUCUGUUAUCGACACUGCUCUCAAGUGUUACGCUCGUGAAGGUCGUCUCCCUCUUCUAGGAUCCGAUUUCAAUGAUUUUAUUCUCUAUUGUCCCAUGGUUGGACCUGAAGCUUUAAGCGCGUGGAAAGGGAUUGGAACGCUUGGUGCGAGGAACUUUACUCUGUGUAGGAAGCCAGAAGAGAAGAAUAAGGUGGUUAAGGAUGGUGAUGGAGCUAGAAAAGGAGGAAGCUUUAAGGCUUGGAUCAACAAGUCCUUCAGCCUCAGAGUCUCCACCCAUUAAAUUAAAGAUUCAACUUCUAUGUUUUUGUUUUUUUUGUUCUUUUCUCACCAUUGACAUUGCUGAAGCUUAAUUCUUCUACAUCUCUCAUUCGUAGGAAAUAAAAGUUUCAGUUUUUCUUGCAAAUUAGAAUAAAGGGUUUGGUGGCUUCAAGUAAACAUCGUUUGUUUUUUACUUGUCUCCAAACACGUUUUUAAUCGUGAGAAACAGAGCUGAUUACAGUGGUAUGUGUUGUGUGUGCCCGUAAUGGGGGGAAUAAUAUUAUUACCGUGUGUA